AUGCCUCCAAAGCGUUCAGCUAAAGUGGUGGUAACUAAGAAAGUUGUUCAAGAAACUGUUCAGGUUUCCAUACUUGAAGCCAAGAAAAAAGCAAAAGACCCUGGAGAAGAUAAUGAACAACCACAAUUGAAGUCCAUUAGCAUUGAAGACAAAGGAGGAGGAGGAGAAAAGAGCGAGACUAAGAAAGAAGAGAAAGAUCAAUUGGGCAAUGAAAAGUCCAAGGGCAAAAAGCGAAAACGACGUAGUGGAGGCGGUAGUGAGAAGUACAAGACUUAUGUGUUCAAGGUUCUGAAGCAGGUUCAUCCAGGAAUGGCCAUAUCGUCCAAGGCAACGACGGUCGUCAACAAUUAUAUGGCCGACAUGUUCGAGAGGAUUGCAGACGAGGCGGCUACGCUUUCUAAGUAUAAUAAACGGAUGACACUGUCCUCCAGGGAGAUUCUGGGAGCAGUGAAGGUGGUUUUGCCAGGCGAUCUCGGCAAGCAUGCCAUUGCUGAAGGGAACAAGGCUGUCACUAAUUAUCUGUCUCAUAAUGUUAACGACUCAAAAUCUUAG